AUGCAUGUGGCGCCCCGCACUCGUACCCGCCCUCUUCGCAGUCAAGUUCACUCCACCGUUGAGACUUCGGUAAACUCCUCUAGACGACCUCGUGCUUCACGCCGCGGCUCCUCUCCAACGCACGGGAAGCUUCCCCUUCCGUGCGGCCACAUCUCCACCAUGGCACCGGUCCUCCCGCGGCUCCUUGUCGCACUCGCACUCUUCCUCGCGUCGACGGUGCAGUCGUUGCAGUUUGUGCUGGAGUCGAAGACGCGCAAGUGCUUCCGCGAGGACAUCCCGCUGCGGUCGGACGCGACGAUCACGUACACGGUGGCGCAAGGGAACGGGGACAUGCCCAUCUCGCUGCGCAUCACGGACUCGACGGGGCGCAUCGUGCUCCACAAGGACGCGAUCGACCACGGGGUGUUCUCCUUCCGCGCGCCAAACUCGCUCCCCGGCGUCGCCGAGCGCGACAGCUGGGAGCUCAAGGACGACGAGUACGGCGAGGACGACGACGCGUACUGGAACAAGGCCGGGCCGGACGCGGUCGGCGACGACCGCACGUCGUACCGCUUCUGCUUCGAGCACGUCGCGGCGGGCAUCUCGCUCCGCGCGCAGGCGUUGAAGAGAAGGGUGAUCUUUGAGGUCAAGUCCGGGAACGACGUCAGGACGAUGGAGUACUACGAUAAGCUCGCUAAAGAGAAGCACCUCAGCUCGACCGAGGAGCUGUUCCGCAUCGUCGAGGAUAAGGUAUCGGACAUUGUGCGGCUCAUCGAUGAAAUGAGGCAGCGCGAACUCAGGAUGGCUCACCUGAGCUCCAGGACGAGCCGCGUUGUGGCAUGGUACAGCGCGUUGGCGUGCGGCGCGAUCGCAACCGGGGCCGUGAUUACGUCGGUCGCCACGUUCAAAACUCUGCACCGGGAGAAGGUUUUGUAGGUGGCGAGGCUAGCGCCGGUGUGAAUACGGUUUGUACAAAGAGGCCCCAUAUUCCUACAGUUGCUAGCGCUGGUGCAUCGGAUAGCUUGCGCGCGGUGGGGCUCCCGGUGGGGCUCCCGGUGGGGCUCCCGGUGGGGCUCCCGGUGGCUCCACCUUGGCCUUGCGAGCAGGCGCAUCCGUUUUCGGUAGACAAAAGACGGCACUGCACGAGUGCUGGUGUAUCUCAUCUGUUGAUCCUUUCAUCUCAGCGCGCAUCGUCCAAUCACCAUCGACGCCCCACUUGCGAUUGUCCGCCAGAUGGCUGUAAUUGGCGCCGUUCAGUCAACACUCUUCUCGAAAAUUUCUAAGAAAU